UUUUUUUUUUUUUUUCCGGCGGCUUCACCGGUUGCCUUAGGAUCGAUGGGUGUGGUUAUCGAGAGCUUUGUUUGGCAACCAAGCUCAAGCGUCUUCGUCUUCUUCUUCAUUUCCGCAUUUCUGUCGAUACUUCUGUUUCCCUACUUCGCUAAGAACAGAACUUUUGGUACGUUUGAUCACACCGUUUCCUCUUCUUUCGCUCGGUUCCAGAGAUGGUUUCUAGCUAUCUACACUCUCUCUUCAGUGAUGGAAGGUUUAUGGUCUGUGUAUGGAGAAUUGGAGUUAACCUCUUAUGACGUAAGUAAAGAAUCGAUGGUGUUUUAUCUCUGUGUUGGCUACUCGACCACUCUUAUCCUCGGCCCUUUACUUGGUGUGGUUUCUGAUCUCAUAGGUCAGAAGAGGAUUUGUCUACUCUAUUGCGUCUUGCACUUCGUUGCUGGUGUGUGGAAGAGGAUUACAAUGAGCCCUAGUGCUUGGUUUGCAAAUGUUUGCUUGUCUCUUGCUGGUCUCGUAUAUUCAUUUGGGUUUGAGACUUGGCUGGUUGUGGAACAUGAAAAGCAAAGUCAGCGUAAUGAUUCGUUGAAUGAGACAUUCUGGUUGAUGACUUUUCUUGAGUCUGCAUCUUUAAUUGUUGGUCAAGUUCUUGCAAAUUGGCUUGUGGAUGAAAAUGUUCAGCAUGGCGUUGCGUUGUCUGCUACGGCGUCUCUGUUAUUGUCUGUUGUUGCCAUUAUUUGUAUUGUCCGGACUGCGAAAGAGCCUUUGAAGACUUUACCGUUUAGGGAUUAUUCCGCAGCUUUCUAUGCAUAUGUUCUUGGUGAUAAAAAAAUAUGGUUUCUAGGAACUGCACAAGCCUGCCUCCAGUUUUCCACUGCAGUCUUUUGGAUUCUUUGGGCGCCAACGAUAGUGGCUGAUGGGCGAGAAGUGAACCUGGGAUUGAUAUAUCCAUGCUUCUUGGGUUCGAGAAUGCUUGGGAGUAGUGUAUUCCCAUGGCUUAUGAGCGGACAAUCAUUGCUCCGGCUUGAAGAUUGCUUAGUCUACAUAUACGCAAUACUUGGGUUUGUGUUCUCUAUAGUAGCCUAUGAUUACCAGGAAAUCAGAACCUUAGUAAUACUUUUCUGCUUAUUCCAUGGCUUUGCUGGACUAGCACUGCCUUUGCUUGCAAGAUUAAGGACCAUGUAUGUACCAAAUGAAUUACGUGGAGGGAUGAUAAGCAUUUCUCAAGUCCCAGCUAAUGCUGCUAUUUUGUUUUGCUUAAUACAGAGAGGGUACUCGAACACGAUCGAGAACUCAACAAUGAUGGCUUUUGGUGCCAUUUCUUUAUUCACUGCAUCUGGUUGUAUAUAUUUAUUGAGACGAUGGGGAAAGUCACCACACCAAGAUUGGCACAAAUUAUGAUGAAUCUGAGUAACUCUAGGUCUCUACUCUCUCUAGUAUGAGACUUGUGCAAUUGAGUGGAGGCAGGACAAGCAAAUCACAGACAUAUCUACAUGCUUUCUAAAGAAAGAAAUUCAGGUAGGUAUGUAAUCUUGUGGUUGAUGGUCUUGCUUCAAUUUUGUGGCAGCAUGAAGUUGAGCAAACACACAAAACCUGGAAGCUCAAAGUUGCGCCAAAAUCAGCAUAAAGGUUUUGUUUUGUUAGUCUGAGAUAUUAUUUUGAAAUUGAUUGUUUCUUUUUUGUUCAUUUCUUAUUUAAGAUCAUCUUCUUCAGACCGUGUAAGGCCUUACAUUUAUUGGUUUACAAGUAAAUAUGUAUAAAAAUGGAAAGUUCCGGGUUGGCA